AUGAACCUCGACAAGCCCCUCGACGCUCUGAUCGCUGAGAAGCCCAAGAAGGGCGGCGCACGCGGUGGCCGAGGCCGUCGUGGCACCAGCCGUCCUGGCGGCGCCAAGGCGGCGGCGCUCGGCAACCGCGCCCAAAACGCCGCCGUCGUCGCCGCUUCGAACCGCAACAAGCCCCCGGUCGUCAUCCCCGGCCGCGGCAACAACGCCGGCAGCAAGAUCAUCCUUAGCAACCUGCCGCUCGACGUCACCGAGGCCCAGGUCAAGGAGCUGUUCGCCACCACCAUCGGCCCGCUCAGGAAGCUUGCGCUCAACUACCGUGCCAACGGAACCUCGACUGGCGUGUGCACCGUCGAGUUCCAGCGCGCCGAGGACGCCAACCGCGCCUACACCCAGUACAACAACCGACUGAUUGACGGCAAGAAGCCGCUCAAGGUCGAGGUGGUUGUCGACCCGGCUCGCAUCGCCGCGCCCACCGUCGCUUCGGCGACUGUCGCGGCUGCCGGUGGCAAGGCCGCUGCUGGCCGUGCCAAGACUGCUACCCGUGGCCGUGGCCGUGGCGGCAGCUCGACCCGCGGUGGCGGUGCCAAGCGCGAGGCUCGUCCCAAGAAGACGAUCGAGGACCUCGACGCCGAGAUGGAGGACUACAACAAGCAAGCCUCGAGCGAGACGGCGCCGGCCGCUUAG